AUGUCCACCACCACCUACGCUGCUGAAAAACAGGUCGCCAUCGCGGCCGUGCGCCGCGCGUGCGUGCUCACCGCGUCGGUCUUCAACAAGCUCGUCAAGCAGGAGACGAUGACCAAGGAGGACGCGAGCCCCGUCACUGUGGGCGAUUACGCGGCACAGGCGGUCGUGAACACGAUCCUCGGGCGGACGUUCCCCAAGGACCCCGUCGUCGGGGAGGAAGACGCCGCGGACCUGCGCGUGGAGUCGGGCAAGACCCUCCGCGAACGCAUCGUCCAGCUCGCGAGCGAGACGUUGGCUGCCCCGCUCGCGGAGGGCGAGCAGGAGGAGUGGGGGCUCGGUCCGAACCAGGCGCAGACGGCGGAGCAGCUGCUGGACGCGAUCGACCGCGGGAACUACGAGGGUGGCAGGACAGGACGAUUCUGGACACUGGACCCUAUCGACGGCACGAAGGGCUUCCUGCGCGGAGAGCAAUACGCCGUCUGCCUCGCGCUCGUUGUCGACUCCCGCCCCGAGCUCGGCGUCAUCGGCUGCCCGAACCUCCCCGUCUCCGCCGCGGACCCCUCUGGCCCGCGCGGCUGCAUCUUCGUCGCCGUCCGCGGACAAGGCGCGUACCAGCUCGCGCUCGACAACCCAUUCUCGGCCCCGGCGACGAAACUCACGAUCCCGCCGUCGACGGGCGAGACGCUGAACUUCCUGGAGAGCGUCGAGAAGGCGCACGCGAAGCUGAGCUUCAACGAGCGCGUCGGGCAGGUCCUUGGGAUCACGCGCGCGCCGACGCGCAUGGACAGCCAGGCGAAGUACUGUGCACUCGCGCGUGGGGACGGCGGCGCGUACCUGCGCAUGCCCACGGGUGUCGGGUACAAGGAGAAGAUCUGGGACCACGCUGCUGGCUUGAUCCUCAUCGAGGAGGCGGGCGGCGUGAUCACCGACGGUCGCGGGGAGCCCCUGGACUUCGGCCUCGGGAGGACCCUCGGCGAGAACUUUGGUGUGGUCGCUGCGGGCAAGGACGUGCACGAUAGGGUCAUCGCGGCGAUAAAGCAGGCGAAGGCAGAGGAGGAUGCUGCUGCCCAGUGA